UGUAUUUUUCAGCAUUAAACAUCCGAUAUAUUAGGGCGAUAUUUACUAUUUCUUUCAACACUUACAAGGAAAUACAUAUGUCAACGAAACAAGGAGAAAAAAACAACGCAUUUCUGUUGUUAGGGAACUUAGUUUCCGUAUAUAAGUAUAUUCGUACAUGGUCAUUAGAGUGAUAAGAACUAAAAAAGAAGAAAUAGGGUGAAAUAAUUAUAAUUGUUUACAAGGUUAUUAUUGUGACCGGAUUUGUAGCAGGUUAAUUAAUUGACUGGCCAUGUUAUUAUUAUUGGUGAAAUUCUUUUCAACUGUGUGCGCGGUUUGGGCGUAUAUCUAUAGUUACGUAACAAAAAAUAUAAAGAUAUAAAAUAGAAACAACGUAGAUUAUUGUUGUAAUUAUUUUGUAUUUUCACGCAUAAGGUCAAUCAUUUUUAAAGAUGGAUGAAUGAACUUUCGAUCUGCAUAAACAAAUGAUGGAAAGUUGAAUAUUUUUUACCGUAUUUUACUUAUAUCGUUUAAAAGAAACACUCUACUGCACCUGUUAGGAAAUGAAAGAAGUAUAUAUAAUUUUUGUAUUCGGUAAUUGGUACACUUAUUGGAAGCAUCCACUUAGCCUUUGAUUGGUUGAACGAUUCAAGAAUCGCGCUUCCCGUUAAGUAUAAUUUGAUUGUCCGUGAUACAGUGUCAAUGCCAUUAACCCACGAGAAUACAUGGACAUUAAUCGCAAUCUCUACUGUUAUAAGGACUUUGCUUUCUCUAAUAUGUUUCCUUAUUCAAAGGUCGUCACUCAUUUAUCUAAACUUGUUAAUUUAUUGAAUUGAUGAAACAAAAGGUCGUGGCAUAUGAAGAUAAAACACGCCAAACAAGGGAAGUGAAUACCGUUUUCGUUUUGGAAGUAAAUUUAAAUAUUGCAUAAACAUAAUCGAUAUAUAUUAUAAAUAUAACGCCGAAAUUUAUUUUUGUCAUUUAACUUUAUACUAUUGCUUACUUGAAACAUAAAUACUUUUAUGGAGAUAAAAGAAAAUGCCUGAUCAUAAAAUUAGAGGAUUGGUGUUUGAUUUCUAGAUUUUCCUACAUACAUACACAUGUCGAACUACUGACAAAGAGAUGGGUAGGUUGAAGAAUAAUGCAUGUGUUCUGUUGUUUAUAACUGUGAUAACUCUGCUAGGAGUGUUGAUGUAUUUUCAUAAAAGAAAAAUUCAGAAAGAUAAGUUUCAACCUAACAAUUUGAAAUUCGAAAUACAACAUUUUUCUUCUGAGACCGAUAUUCAUCAAACAGUUGCGAUACUUGUUCAACAGAGAAAUAACCUUUCACGUAUAUUGAAUAUUAAACGACAAAAAUUAGGACAGAUGGAAUGCGAGGAGGCAACACAGAAACAUAGGAAGCAAAAAGUGUCUUCGACAGGCGGGUGGUGUGCUCAGACUAGUGUGGAAAACUCGGGGGAACAUAGUACUGAUAAAGAAUUAGUUCCACUAUUGGCCAUUCUUUUAAAACAUAAACAUGUGGCCUCGUUCGGAGAUGGACCAGGGCGUUAUAAGCAACUUUUGCUGGACACCGGCCUCCUCAAAGGGUACGAUGCAUAUGAUGGUGCUCCAUUCAGCGAGGAAACCAGCGAGGGGCGUGUGAAGUAUCUUGACUUGACACUCCCACAAUACGGAUUGCCCUUAUAUGAUUGGAUAAUGAGCUUAGAAGUAGCUGAGCAUAUACCACAAGAAUUUGAGAGCAUUUAUUUGGACAAUAUAGUACGUCAUGCAAAAGAAGGUGUAAUUCUCAGUUGGGCAAAACCAGGGCAAGGAGGAUUUUCACAUGUAAAUACAAGACCAUUUGAAUACGUUAAAGCUGCUUUUGAAAAACUUGGAUUUGAGCACGAUGCUGAGAAUUCUGAUAAACUAAAGAAAGGAGCUUCUUUGGACUGGCUUAAGUGGAAUACCAACGUUUACAGAAGAAAAGACAUGAGUCAUAUUGAGCGUAUCAAAACCUUAUUAACUUGAAUAAAAUUAUAAUGAUUCGCAGUAGUAUUAACUGUCUGUAAUGUUGUUCAAGGAUUCCCUCCUUUCAGAAAAUAAAUUAUUUCUUACAACAAUAAAUCAGUUUACUAAGAAAGAAUUGCAGAUUGAAAAAAUAGGACAUUCGUUUUGCUAGACAGAUUUGAAAAAAAAAGAACCUUGCACAAAAUUUUACAUUCGGUGUCAAUGGGGAAAAUAUUAAGUUUAAUUAUUGCGUCACAAACAAAUAGUACACUUAAAUGAAACUUUUCAGAGAAAUAAAAAUAUGCUCUAUAAAAUGGUGAAAUAAAAUGUGUUGGAUGUUUUCGUUAAUUAUUAAAGAAAAUCGCAUAUUUAAGACAAUUUCUUUAAACAUUAUUUGGAAAUACUUAAAUGAUGUCAAUCUUUUUAUGUCAUAUUUUAUCUUGUAAUGACAUAGUGUUGCCGUAUCAAUAAAUAUAUUCCCGGUUAGCAGUUUAUUCUUGAAGUGGUUUUGGUUUUACAUACCGAAACCAGACAUUUUUUUACAUUAUCCGUAACAGCCGGGUCUAUCAAAUGUGCAAGACUACCUUUAGUUAACCUUUUUUUUUUGUCCAACAGGAUCAUCCAUUUCAAAAUUUUCAUUGAUUGUAUUAUCAAUGAACAUCUCUUUUAAGAUUCAUACGUUUCGACUGUGAAAGUGACCUGAUUAAAUUUUAUUCUUGGCGUACUCGUCUGUGAAAUUCUACACUUCGAACUAGCCAGGAAGUAAGACGUUAUCUCGCAAGGAAAUUGUGGGACAAACAUUUCCAAACGAGCACCAUUCUAUGCAGAAUAAUGUGGUCUUGGGAAGAUGUAAAGUGAUCAUACCAGAAGCUCGACAGACUAUGUACAGUCGGACAGAAGACGGACGGUUAGUGAUCACAAAAGCUCACCCUGAGCACUUUGUGCUCAGGUGAGCUUAACAAACUUGCCUGAGUCGAGAAUCAUAAUUGACUGACCGGGUUAUAAAAAUUCCAAGCUUUUUCACCAAUUCAUCUCUGAUGAAUUUAUGUUUAAAGGUGUUAAAUAUAAGUCGUCUUUAUGAUUAAGACAGUUUUCUAAAGUAUCGCGUUACAACGCCUUUUCAAUUCUGAAUGAAAUAAGUAAGCACAGCUUAUGAGUUUCACUAACAAAGAAUCAGUCAGUUAAUAAAUUUUAAAGCCGCCUUAAGAAUUGUGGCAAUAAUUGUCUGAUAUCUAAAAAUGUUCAUGUUGUUUUAUGAUCUUGAACUCAAUUUUGUAUUUAUUAUAGACAAUUAUAGUUUCUUUGAUAGA